GUGUACGUUCUAUUGCCAGUCCUAAUGAUGUUUAAAAAAAGUAAAUAAAGACAGACAACUGAGACAACAUGACAACACGGUCAACACGUGUUUGCAUAUUUCAUUAAAGUACAUAAAUAUGGUUAAACUAAGACAAAAUUAUUACAUCAAAAAUCAUUGAACUCUUGUGUCUUUUUACGAUAUUUAAGUUACAUUUAUUUGUGGAUUGUCUAUUAUUAUUUGGCAACUGUUUCUAACUUUUUGUUCUAUUUUUGAACCAUUAAUCACAAUGAGAAAAUAAUAACACAAGCUCCUCACUAAAACAGAAAUUAUUAGAGGUGAUUUUGUGGUUACUUUUCGUCGAGCUUUACUAAAUAUCAAAUAAAAAUGAAUUCAGGUCGCACCCUUCCAAAUGUUUUAGUAACUGGUACUCCUGGAGUAGGUAAGUCCACAUUGUGCAGAAAUUUAGCUGACCGAACUAAAUUCGCUUGGAGGGAUGUAUCAAAUAUCGCCCAAGAACACAAUUGCUUGGAUGAAUAUGAUCCUGAAUAUCAAUGCCCGUUUUUGAAUGAAGAUAAGUUGCUGGACAUUAUGGAGGGUAUGAUGGCAAAAGGAGGAAACAUAGUUGACUAUCACAGUUGUGAUUUUUUCCCUGAGCGGUGGUUUGAUGGUGUAUUUGUUAUACGGUGCAACAAUACAACACUUUAUGAUAGACUUGCAGCUAGGGGCUACACAGGCAAAAAACUUGAAGACAAUAUUCAAUGCGAGAUCUUUGCCACAAUUUUAGAUGAAGCUCAGUCAUCAUAUAAACCGGUGAUAAUCCACGAAUUACAAAAUGACACUGAGGAACAGAUACAGAAAAAUGUUGAUACUAUUGUUGCAUGGAUAGAGAGGUGGAAAGAAGAAAAUAUAUAGUUUUCAUUAUAAA